GAGGCUUGCUGUGAGGCGGGAAAUGGUGGCCCUGAGGAGGUGAUGGCAGCUGCGAGGGGGGGUCCGGCGGCGCCGCGGAGGACUCGCCUUGUGACGGGAAAACCGGCGGCGGGGGCAGGCCGGCCCGGAACGGCGCUGCCCCGGAACGCCGUGUGCGGCUCCGCCGGGCCCGCCCGGUUCCUGCGCCGCGCCGUCCCGCCGCCUUCCUGCGCCCGCCCCGCCGAGCCGCCGCUCACCCGGCCCGGCCAUGCUGCGGCCGGAGCCCUUCUGCCUCCUCCUCCUCCUCCUCCUCCUCCUGCACCUCGGCCGGGCCGCCUCCCCCGCUCCUCCGGCCACCCCGACCCCGCUCAACGGCACCGGCGCCGCCGCGGGGAACGCGACCUGGCCGGGCCCGCCGCCGGCAUCGCGGCGGCCGCCGGGCUCGGGGCUGCGGCCGGGCUCGGGGCUGCCGGUGCUGAGGCGGGCCGUGUACGUGCUCAGCGCCCUCUCCGUGCUGGCCGCGCUCUAUUUCCUCCUGCGGGCGUUCCGCCCUAGGUCAGAGGGACCCCGAAAUGAGCGCAAAACUCAUUUCAGGUUGAAGAAACCGCAGCGGAAGAAAUACGGCCUCCUGUCGAAUUACGAUGAGAACAUAGAGAUGGCCUCACUCGACAGCGAUGAGGACACGGUGUUUGAAACGAGAAAUCUGAGGCGAUGAUUUGGGACCAGUGGCACCAACUGCACAGACUGACCGAGGGGGUGCAAGUCCAGUGGCAUCACCUUACCAGUGCUCAAAUUUUAUUUUUUUACAUUUGCUUAUAAUGACUAAUAAUUAAACACUUCCAUAGCUGGGGUAGGGGAAAGGGGACCAAACUUGUUUUCUUCACACACAUUUUUGGGGAAAGGUGGAGCUGUAAGCUAAGUGAUGCUGCAUUGGGUGCUGUUAACUGCACAGAGAGAUGCUGAGGAAAACGUGACUCCUGGAUCAGUGCUCAGUAUUUGAAAUCGUACUGCUCUGGACUCAAUUACUGCAGCUGUGUCUGCUGGCCCAUUGGUAUUUUAUAGGUGCUCAUGUCCCUCUCUACUGACUGUGGCAGUCAGCUUGAAGUAUCAGGCGAGUGGAUUUCUUUUGCAGGCUGAUCCUCUCUUAAUGCAGCAUCAGGUUACUUCUUUAGGAAUGUCUCUGUAAUCAAAUCUGAUCUGAUAGGAGCUGGGGGAGCUCUUGUUGUCUGUUACUAGUGUGGUGGGUGUGAAUAGCGUUGUGUUAGCUCAGACAGAGAGCAGCUUUUGGAAUGAGUUAAAUGCAUCAAUUUUCUUGCAGUGGCAGUGUUAGCAGUUACACAUGAUAAUACAGGUCAUUACAUGGGUUUACACAGCAAAGACAUGUUUACAAAUUAAAGCUGCCACUUAUCCCAGAGGAACAUUUCUCCAAAAGAGCAGUCGGUUGUGUAGCCUGUGGGGCUGCGAGUGUUCAGGCUGUUCUGCCCAGCUCCAGUGGUGUGUUCACCAGAGAAAUGUGUGACAUCUACCAAGCGUCUGGAUUUUGUCCUGCGGCCUCUGCCUGAGAUGACCUGAGAAAGAGCUGGAGUGCUGCGGUGUGAGUUGGAGAACCUGAACUGCUAGUGUGAUGAGUAACCUGUCUCUGAGCAUCUGAUGACUGGAAAAGGAGGACCCAAACCCCUACGAACUGUGAUUCUUAAGGCAAGACAGCCCUGGCUCAGAAAUAAUCUCUUCUUGAAGGGUACUGGAGUUUCACUCCAUUUGCUGGUACUUGAGCAAUGUCCCACUGUCAGCCCAGCAAACUGGGAUGGUUCUGUGUGGGUGUUUGGGGUCUUAUUGUGUGGGACCAAAAUGUGAAUGUGUUUAGACGGUCAUUGUUAUGUGGGUCUGCUGCUAAAAUGAUAAAAACUGCUUGCAAAGUGCUCCUGUUUAUGGCACGUUUUAGCCUUGAAGGGAAGGCCCUUCCCUGAAAACUAUGGGCAGUGCAGGCCUGUCCCCUAAAGUCCCAAUUCUACCCCAAACUGGUAGUGCCUUUGUUCAGGAGAACCCAGGGGAGUUACUCUGCAGGCCAGGGAGCUCCCGGCCUGACCUUGCCUUUAAGAUGAAGAUCGAGAAUGUCUUUGGAGUAACGGCUCCUUUCUUUUGGUUAGCAAAUCCUCUGUAGAUAACGGGACAAAACUGACAACAGAAAGAGCUGGGCAGAAGGGAUAUCCUUGUCAAACAGCCAGGACAAAUGGUUUUGCUGCAAGUCACAGGGGAGCUCAGGGUCUAGAUGCUGCUCUGGAAUCCCUCAUGAGGCAGCUGAGUGGUGAGAUCCUGGCGCUCACUGUGCCAGGGGCAGGGUUUCUCAGUGCAGAGGGGGUGAAGUUUCCUGGAGAAAGGUCACCCCAGGUGCUGGCAGCUCUGUCUUGCACACGUGCAAAAGAUUUUUAAAUAUAUAUAUAUUUUUAGUAAUGCUGUUAUGUGAACACAGCACUUGGACGUGCCCUAAUUUCAUACCAUUUGUAUCCUUUCAUGCCUCUUAGGUACUUUCUGCUUGUUUGGCUGAUGCAGAGAUGAAAGCGUUUGCUGCGUUCCUCUGUGAGGACAGCAGUAAUGGCUGAAGCUGGCCGUUGCUGCCCCUUGGGUGAUCAGAGAGCUUAUUUGUGUGGUUCGUGGUGGUGUAUCUCCCUUGAUCCUGCGCAGGCUGGCAGGUCUAUGCACAUACUGAGAACUUUCUCUGGCUCUUCAACUCCUUCUACAGAGUUGUUUCUUGCAUUGUGCCAGGUAAAGCUGACUGUAUUUCAGUCCACUGGUGUGCCCUGGCUCAGCACUGUGACUGACAUGCUCCUUGGCCUUUCUUUAUCUGAGGUGAUUAACUUGCCCAUUCUUUAGGCUCUGCUCUUCACUGGGCAGACGGGUUUACAAUUUUUAAGUUUCCUUACCUAGCAGGAGUGGAUGAUUUUUUAAAUGUUAACAGUUGGAUGAUUUUAAUCAAAGAGUGCACCUCAAGCCGUAGGUUCUGCCAUGAAAAUAAUUUGGAUAGAAGUUUACUUUACUGUAAUAAGUAUUUAGAAUUUGAGCAGGGAAAGAUGUGGAGGGGUACAGCCAGAGCACGUAACGAGGUCCUUGUUCUGGUACUAUGCAGGCAAAUGGUUAUUAAGGUGAAGGCCCGGAGGGUGUGCCAGCCGAGCGUCUAUGCACCACGUACCUGUUUACAGAAUAUCUCUGCUGGCUGUCUUUAAAGGGGUGGAGAAUAAAAAGUUGAUUGGGGGUUGAAGUGCAGCAUUGCUAUCACUUUUAUUCUGAUUCUGUUUUGGCUGGAGACAGGUUUGAGCUGGAAUCAAUGACCCUGUGUGACUAUUUCCAUUUUCCCCUGAAGCAUCCUGUAUCUCGGAAGCAGUCAGUAGUCUGGAUUUGCUCUUCACAGGCCAAGACAUUGCAUUCCUGCUCUGUUCUAAAUCAUUGUUAAAGGCAUUUUCUGAGAGGAGAAAACAAGGACACUGAUUACAGAGCUGAGACUCCUUCGAGGACAAAUCUAUUGCUCGGCACAGCUGUUGCUGAUCUCCAUUUCUCCAGGAAGAGUAAUUUGGAGCUAUCGCAGCAGCUUUGCCGCACAGCGGUGGAACAGUGCACCCAUGGGCAAUGAGCGUGAGGCCAGUGCAGGCUGUUUUGGUCAAGGGGGUUGGAUCUCACUAGUAGUAGUGGCUUUUAAAGCCUUGCAUUAUGUUUCCAUAAUAAGAGAGCAGUUCAGUAGUUACUUCCGUUACAGUUUUAGUUAUUCUAUGUAUAUCUGAUACCUGUGUUGAUAGCCUAGUAGGUCUCUUUGCAACGGUUAGAUCCUCUAGUAGUUUUUCAGAACAGAUUUAAAUACACGGAUGCAAACAGAUGCACGUGUGCUCUGAGCCAGCUGUGUGCUAGAGCUCUGGCCUGGAGCUGCAGGGCUGCGCCUGUGCAGGGCUGUGCUUGUACGAACACGCGCCGCUGCGCAGGGGAGCGUGUGCCUGUCCCUGGGCAGGCUGAUGCCUCACCAGCUACUGCUGCACUUUUCUUUCUGCAGAGUAAAUCGGGGUGUUAGUGCGAGGCUUUCCUGCUGGCCUGGGCUCCUGCUGACCCUUGCCAAAAAGCUGUUGGAGCUGGCGGGCACGGGGCGAUGACGACUGAGAGCAGAGUGCGCGGUUCCCUACGAUGCUGCGCAUUCGCCAGCCUGCAUGUGUCACAAGUGACUGCUACAGAGUUCUCUUAAAACAAUCACUAUUGUUUAAGCCAAAGCCUAAUUUCAAACGUUUACAUAAUUGCCUCUCUGAUCUUCUUGGAGGGCCGCAUCGAAUCCUCUCCUGUUGAUACUGAACUCCUAGGCGAAUCGACUGGACCGUCUGCUGAGGUUAAUGAGAUUGACUGAGAGCAAUAUGAGCAUCAGCUCUCUAUUGUUAAUAACGUGCUUCUGUUUUGUUUCAUUUGUACGUGUGACUGGAAUGGGAUCUGCAGUGGUGGAGUGCUGCGAGACGGACCUGUGGUCUGAGCAGAUUGCCAAGAAGUCAAUAAACCAGCACUUGAGUGCAUUGUGUCGUCUGCUCUCAGAAAUGGAGGAGCUAGUCUUUCACCCUCCUGCUUGAAUUGUUGAUUUAUUUUUAAAUAGCAACCAGUCCUGUAUUGAUUGAUUGGUUUACCUUCAUUUACAGCAUCCUCCCUCCAUUGUAUCUUGAAACAAAUGAAAUAAAGCAUUCUGUUUCA